AUCAUUCCUUACUAUAUAAAUUUCACCUUCAUUCUUUUGGCAUUUUACCUGAAGAAAAAAAUGGCUAAUCUAAGGUGUGUUUGCAUGUUAUAUGGAAUAUUUCUUGCCGUAGCACUAGCAAAAGCCCAAGCACCAGCAGCAUCACCAACAAUUGCAUCGCCAGCACCACCAUUACCUACUUCAAACCCGCCAACUACAGCAACUCCAUUACCCGCGUCCACUUCACCAGUGUCAAGUCCAACUGUCCCACCACCUCAAAGCUCACCACCUCCCACAGCUCCUCCCCCAUCAGUACAAACACCAUCACUACCACCUGCACCAGUAACCCAGCCGCCGCCACCAGUACAACCACCAGCCCCUGUGUCACCUCCACCAGCAACAUCACCUGCUCCAGCAAAGCCAGCUCCUGCACCAGCACCCACAAAGCCAGCUCCUGCACCAGCACCCACAAAGCCGGCUCCUGCACCAGCACCCACAAAGCCAGCUCCUGCACCAGCACCCACAAAGCCGGCUCCUGCACCAGCGCCAGUGGCUAUUUCACCAAGCCUAGCACCAGUUAAUAGUCCCUUAACAGCACCAGCACCAGCACCCUCUGAGGGGAAAAAGAAGAGGAAGCACAAGCAUAAGCACAAGCAUCACCAUGCAUCAGCUCCAGCCCCAAUACCACCAAGCCCACCAGCACCUCCUACGGCAGUCACAGAUACCUCAGACGAUAUUUCACCGGCUCCUUCUCCAGAUUUGAAUGCAGGUAUAUCUAUCUAUCAGCAAGGAUACAAAUGGAGCAAGUGGAUGACAGGACUCAUAGCAGCUGCACUGCUUGUUGUUUUGUAAUCUCAACCUUGAUUUACAUAAGCAAUUGAUUCUUUUUUUUUUUUCAUUCAUUUUUUUGACUUUUUGUUAUGAGAUGAGAGUUCAAGAAUUUUCAGUUAAAACAAUGUGAUUGAGUACUUACACAUAAUUAUUUCAAAUACAUACAAAAAUAUUCAAUUCUGA